CAUCUUUGCUGCAGACUUCGUGUAUGUCAUGUUGAACAGUGCGCAUGCGUUAAACUUAUUUCGCUCGUGUAUUUUGAUGCAUGACGCUUGACGCCAUGGUUAAUAUUUCCCUUGACAGAUACAUGUCUGAAGAGUGAACUGAAAAGUGUAUUGAUUACCCAGCAUGUCUCCCCGCAUUGAUGAUGUCAUGAAGCUGUGUUGUGAGCUAUCUGCAAAUCAGCAGAUAAAGACUGCAGUGAAGCAUUCUGGGAAGGGAGCGAUGACUGCUGGAGGACUCGCUUUUGCUGGAGGAUUGGUUGGGGGACCGCUUGGCAUUGCCGUAGGCGGUGCUGUUGGAGGACUUCUGGGAUGCUGGAUGACAAGCGGUCAGUUCAAACCACUUCCUCAGGUCAUCAGGGAAAUGACACCAGGACAGCAGCAGAAGCUCUACGAGGACAUCAUGGCCAUCUUGGGCUCGAUUGAUUGGACAGAUGUAGCUCAGUUAUUGGCUAUAGUCAUGGGAAAUGCAGCACUUCAGCAGCAAGUAACUGCAGCUUUACUGAGCUACAUUCACAAAGAGCUUCAGGCUGAGGUUCAUUAUGUGGACUGAAAUCAGAUCACUUGUUUGGACAACAUAUUUAAUGAAGGAUGUAAAGAAGUAAUGUAGUCUACAUAUUUAAGUGACACCUAUUUAUUUUAGUAUAUUUUAAAAUCAACAAUUUUAGGAACAAAUUGCAAAUGACACACUACAUUUUCACAGUCAGGAUGAAUAAAAUGAAUUGUUGACUUUUACAAGACAACUGUAAAACACGACUUAAGUAAUAUACUCACUAAAAUUCAAAUGCUGUUUUCUCACUGAUUUAAAAACUUUUUGGGGGGGGCUUUUACUCCAUUUUCUCACAAUUUAAACAUUUCCAGUUCCAACUUACUGUUUAGUUCCCCUCUAUUACAACUUGGCUACCAGUCAAGGGAAGUGAAGUCUGAGACGUGAUGCCAAGCCAUCUUUUCAAACGGUUGCUUAUGCAGUGGGUGCGUCUCUUUCUCUUUUUUUAAUUGCUUUAGAUUCCUCUCUUGGCUUUGCUUCUUGGCUUCCUCCUCUGAAGACACAUGGUAAGGAUGCAAAGAUAGUGGCAAUCGUGGGCAAAAUGACACGUCCUCAUACUUUAGCGUCUUCACUUAUUGAUGAACGGUUGCCUAGCUGUAUCCCCCUCCCCCUUUAUUUAUUUUGUUUUAUUAGGGGCUGAGCACCAAUGGCUAUUGUUUUUCUACAGAUUUCACCAAAUCUGUGCCCCAAGCUUCCAAAGCUUUACUGCCACCAACAGGUCAAAGUUUGGCCAAAUUUCAAAGUGUGUUUAUGCCCAUAACUGUUUAACUGUGUGGCCAAAAAUUCAAUGCCAGUUGUCCCUGAGAUCAUACUAAGUUCAAAGGACUCCGCCUAAUUAGAUUUACGGCUAUCUUGGAUUUUUGUUAAAAACUGUUUUUCACUAUUCCUCCUACAAAUUUUGUCCAAAUUUGGCUCAUAAUAUCUUCAGACCAAUCCACAAAAGAUAUCAAAUUGAAUUUAGAUUUUUUUUUGACAGUUUGCUUGUAACAAGCCAACAAAUCUGGCCAUGAAGCCAGUCAGUCUCAUCAUCGAUACGUUAACGACAGUGUCUCAAUAACAACUUCAUGGAUGGUCACGAAAUUUGGUACGUGUCUUCAGGACUUUGACCCGAGGCUACGGAAAAAAUUUAAUGACUGUGCCAUCUAGAGGUCAAAAGUUACAAUGAUGUAGAAAAUGCUUGAAUCUAAUUUAUUCUUGCUGCUCCUCCUAUAAAUUACACCCCAAAAUCAUCAAAUUUGGUCAUGUAAUCUUAAGACCUAUCUGCACAAAAUUUCAGAUGGAUUUUUGAUCUUGAAAACUGUUGUCCUGCAAUGACAAAAUACAGGUUCCUAAGCCAUAGCUCUGCAAUGAAUUUAUACACCAGCACCGAACUUUGACCAAGACCACGGCCUGAAUGUAUCCAAGAAAUUUCGCUUCAGUGCCACCUAGUGGUGAAGUGCUAUAGUAGCUUUUACGUUGUUCUUAUCAUUUGAAGAACUUGUCCUAAAUCCACAGUUCUACUUUCCUAUGAUUCUUUGGAAUAGGCCCAAUUGAACACACACCAACAUUAAAAAAAAAUGGGUGUACAUCCUGUUGACCAUUUUGAAAUACAUUGAAAACUUUUUUCGCUACUCCUACAAAUUCUGUCUAAUUGUUACCAAACCUCCCUCAUAUUGACAUCAGAUGAAGCCACACAAAAGUUUUGCCCAUGACACAGCAACGAAUCUUAUGGUGAAGGUGCCAGUCGGAUAUGAGGCGAUAUCUGGGCAAUACUUUUACCCCGUAAAUGCUGCUUGCAUAUUUAAUCAUUAUCACCAAUGAGACUUCAGGACAUGAUGCAUUGGUCGACUCUUAACAGUUUAUUAGCGGAGCUAUUGAUAGCUUAGCCCUCCCAUUUAAUAUCACACUAGAUGCCAAUGGGUAUAACAGAACUGAACAAACACAGCGUGAUGUGAUUACACACUGAAGUGACCUUAAUUAAAACAUUACAUUAUGUGUACAUCACAUUUUUAAGUGUUCAGGUUUUAGCCUAUACACAUCACAUGACUUCUAUAUAAAGCCAUUUUAAUCAUUGUUUCUCAUUUUUAAUUAUGUUUAAUAAUUUUAUAUUUAUUGUUUUUAUUAUUGUUUAAUUUAUUGGAAUUAGUUUAUCCUAUUUAAAAAAAGACUAACAGGAGACCUGUGUAUCCUUGACCUGGUAGGCUCAAAUGUUUGAUCUAGAUCUUUUAUCAGUUUUAUUGGUUUUGCUUCCAUUUCCUUAUUUGUAAGUCGUUUUGGAUAAAAGCACCUGCUAAAUUAAUAAAUGUAUAAAUGUAAAUGAACAUAAGCCGACUUGCUGGGAGUCUGGUCAUGGCAGAUCUGACUGACCCGAGCCUGGACUGGAGAAAUUCCUGGCCAUGGUCUUAUGUUUGUCAAGCAUGCUUUCAUCAUGUGCCUGCUCUAAACUGCGUUACAAUCGAUUGGUUCCUCAAGUUCCACUGCUAUUAACAGAAACGCCCCUCGGCUUUCAGAUUGGGCUGGCUGUUCACCCCGUUCAUCAGAGUCCAAGCCACCUCAUUGGCAGUGGAUUGGCACAGUGCAGUUGUGGCUGCUCUGCAUGGUGCUUUAGGUGGCUCUGGGGCUCUAAUGUUCUUGAAGCUUCCCAGUGGCACUGACUAUUGAAAAGACUACACUCUUAGAAAUUCUACCAUCCAAUUAUUUGUUCCUUCUUGGGAAACGAUUAAAGGUCCUAUGUAGAACCCAACACCAGAAGGCUUCUGUAUCUGCACAGAUUCCAGGUGUACCCCUUUAGAAAAGCUAGGACGAUUACCCAGCCAAAGAACUCUUGAGGAAGCCUGUAAGACUGGUAAAUCCUUGUCUACAGUGAUACUGAAGCUAUAAGCACAGCUACAGCUUUUAGUUGACUGUAUUGACUGUACAGUAGAUCCCAUGAUACU